AUGAGUGUGCACGAAUAUCAUGUGGAGACUUUCUCUGGGUUGUGGUCCGGGAAUAAUCGAUCUUAUCCAGUUUCGGUUCCACGCAGAAGAAACACACACUCUUCUGUUCGAUGGCAUCCACAAGUUCUGGUGUGUUCAUCGAGGAACAAACGAUGCAUACCUGGCACUGAGUCAGCACAUGUGCUGACUAGGCAAAGGAUUGAAGCAUGCAUUGGGAUAGGGGAACGUGACUGA